CAAGAAAUACCGGUUCAAAUACCUACAACCUGAUCGUGACGAUACAGAGCGACUCAUCAAUCCUGAUCGUCAUGCCUUGCCUUGUAGGAAUGUCUCUUCUUCUCCUCUUGGUGGCAGGCUAUAGAAGAUGUCAGGAACAUCGGAAGAAGGAUAUUCUUCUACCUCUUUCAACCCGCCACAUGGCGCUACAUGGGCCAAAUGAAACUGCUGCAUUUAGAAGAUCGCGUAAAUCUAUCUUGGAAAACAACGGCAAGUCUCCCGACUUUCAUGACAACGUCUCUUUGACCCCAAAGGUCAUAGUUCACAGCAAUGGAGGUCAUUCACCUUACGUCCAGCAGCACAGGUUCAAUGACCCACUUUACGACGAUAAUGGGUUAUCGAUUGGCAGAGACAAUCGCGAUUUCAACAAAGCUUUGAUAACAGACGGUAAAGAGACAUCACAAAUCAGGGUUUUCGUUCAUCCUCAUCGAAUGACGCCAUCACCUAGAAAACCGUCAUCAUCGACGUCGAUAGGUGAUAGCGAUCACGAUGUGUCUUACGGCGAAAUCAAUCCCGUAUUCCAAGCUGACGAUGAUCUUGACGGGGAUGGAGAUGGCGAGCUCGAUGGGAUUUUUCUCGUUGAAAAUGGAGAAAGUACUCAAAAACGGCUCUUCGUUAAUCAAGAAAGUGUCCAAAGUGACGUCACAAGCGAUGGAGGUAUGACGUCAGCACUCGCUGAACACUCGUGCAGAUGGAUUCACAUAGUGCCUGCGACUCGUGCAAAGAGUAUGAGGUCGAAGAGGGCGACAACGGACAAGCCCUUGCCGUUACAAAGUUGUGACAAAAUGAUCUAUAGCAAUAUCAUGUGUGUCAGUCGUCUUAACAAAUGCAACUUUUUUAGCGGAACAAUUACCUGACAAACCACUGCAUUGUCCGUCAAUUAUCUUCGAACAUUCUUUCUGUUCUAUUUGACUAUUUAUUUUUCUUGUCCAACGUGCUAUAAACUGGACACUGAACAAUAGAGCACACGACAGGUUUUAGGAUGUAUUGGGAUUUAUUAAAUACAGCGAUGUAGCAUGAAUUCCGGGUUAAAUCUUACGAUCUCGCUAUUGUGAAUUAGAUACGAUAUCUUAAUCCACACAUUGUCAAAGGAAAACAAAGAGAGAGUGACAGACACGAUCGCAAGACUCAAUGUCAAUUUCGAUACUGCUUUGUGUUGUCUAAGUAAUUCAUAUUCAGAAUACGUUAUAUGUCAUCACAAUGUUUGCAUAUAUGUUAAAGGCAGGGUAUUUUUACCGACAUCGCUACCAGGAUGAAUGUGUACAUAGAGCGAUUUCCGGGUCCUGCACCCUAGCAACAUCACACGAGCGUCAUCAUUAGGUGCUGCAUUGUGGGACAUUGCUGUCGACACAUCGGGACAUUGGUAGCAGCAGAUGGCAGUAUACGUUAAUCUGAAUUAGAGCCAUCUAUACACAGAGUUUGGCCAACCCGGUUCGAGUUGGACACAAUAUGGCGACUACUGCUUUGUUGGGCAAACACAAAAAAAAGAACAUAGGCUACACCACGUUGUGACCCAAUGAAACAAAGUUGACCAAACUCUGUGUAUAGAUUGCUCUGAUCUGAGUUUGUGUCAGUAGAAUACACUACCUUUAAAACACUCAUGAAAAUGAAUUUGACUGACUUUUACUUAUUGAAAUUCUUUGCGAUCAGGUAUCUAAUAAUCGCAUUCUUGUUGUGUUAUUGAUAUUUUGCGGAGGCCUUCACUUUGCAACCUAUUAUGCAAUCAAGCAUGACAAUGAACAGUGAUAUAUAUUUAAAAAAAUGAUAGUAAUUUUAUCGAGCGCUGUAAGUAAGGAUGACAUGACUUUAUUUUUAAAAUCGCAGAUCCUGUGUUGGCCGAUAUUGUAGUUUAUGGCAUUGGUCUCAAUUGUAUCAUUAUCUUAUGCAAAGUAAUGCAUCUGUUAGUCGUUUAGCUGAAUUGAAAUAUUUUCUGAUAUAAUUAUAUAAUAGAAUACAACCUCACUAUGGUAGGGCUUAGAUCCUUUGCGCAUAUUGGUGCUAUUUAACAAGUCAAUAUAAGAGAAUAUUUUUAGAACAAUUUGGUAAUGUUACAUUAUAACCUUGGUCGUGUGUUUUUAUGCCUAACAAAUGUUAUUUUCAAGAUUAUUGCUGCAAGAUAUAAUGUAGUACUUUGAUAUUGAACAGCCUAUUUUUUGUUUUAACCGCACAAAAUAGUUAUGGUAGUGAAGGCAUAUAGGCCUAAUACAAUGUCUGUUGCACUGUAUGAUAACUGCCAGUCUACCUUUUAUCAAUUACGUAAGUCGAUUGUAGCCAUUUUAUAUAAUUGUUUAAUCAUCUGCGCAGGCUCAUCCCAUGUUUAGAUAAGCCUGAUCGGUUGAAACUGUUGAAACUAUAAAAGCUCAUAUCAAAAUAAUUAUAAAAAUACAGUGGCCUUGUAUGUUCCACUAAGUAUAGUAUCAACAGUUUUGAAAAGUUCAUUAAUUGGAUUGCCAUGGUUACCGUCUAAUUUAUAAUGCAUAAGCUGUACGAUAUCAUAUAGUAGAAAUAGCAGCUACUGACGCAGUCUAGACUUCAUGAAAGUCACCUUGUCGAUGUGUUUUGUAAGUGUCAAAAUAGAGUCUAUUUCUUCUGGACCGUGUGAAAUGAUGUGUCUUUCUUCAUGAUCGUUUUUGUACUAGCUGAGUUCCCUGUUUAUCUCAUUCACUGUGAUUCUCAUUAUUAUCAAACAAUGUAUUUAUAUUGCAUAAUAAAUAAAUAUAUAUAUAUUACAUGACAAAGUAA